AUGGCGACUAUACUAGGGACUUCGUACGGCGCGCUUUGGAACGAGAACGAGAACUCGGCGGUAUAUUCGAUGCUACCGACGACGCCUUCAGCUGUUGUUGAUGUCGAGCGUAUGGACAAGGGGAAUGACGAUGGAACUUCAAGCCAGACCACCCUCCAAUCAUGCUCAUCAACAAGUCGAGCGUCACGAAUUGAUCCGCGCAUCAUCUCAGACGCCAUUAUCGGUCUGUCAGACGGUCUCACUGUGCCAUUCGCCCUCACUGCAGGACUCUCCGCCCUCGGCAACACGCACGUCGUCAUCUACGGCGGCCUGGCUGAACUCAUCGCUGGAUCCAUCUCCAUGGGGCUCGGCGGCUACCUUGGUGCGAAGAGCGAAGCCGAAAGCUAUGCUGCCACCCAGGUUCAGACAAGGAAGAAGAUCAUUACCGACACGGCCGGAGUCGAAGAAGACGUCAAGAACAUUGUAGAGGAUUUUGGACUGCCCGAGGAACUGAGCGACCUGGUGACGAGAAAACUUGUCGAGGGAAGUGAGGAACGGCUGGAGAAAUUUCUCAUGAAAUUCGAGCACUCACUGCCCGAGCCGCCUUCGAAUCGAGCAUUGGUGUGCGCAUUGACCAUUGCCAUGGGCUACUUCAUCGGCGGUUUCAUCCCAUUACUGCCGUACUUCUUCGUUGGAGGUGACGAUGUACAAAGAGGGCUUGUGUUGUCGGCUUGUGUCAUGGCGGUAACAUUGUUUGCUUUUGGCUAUGCGAAGACGGCGGCAGUGCAUGGGUGCAGCGGUAUGAGCGACGUGUGGAAGGGAAUCAGAGGAGGAGCGGAGAUGAUGAUCGUAGGGAGUCUGGCAGCAGGUGCGGCUAUGGGUCUUGUGGGCUUGUUCAGCCAAAGAGACCCUGUAUGA